CCUAAAUCAUUGACUCAUCUAGAUCUUGGUGAUGUGUUUAACCAAACUAUUGGACCGAAUGUUCUACCACAUCAACUUAAAACACUAAUAUUUGGCUGUGAGUUUAACCAAACAUUUGGCGCAAACGUUCUACCUCCAAACUUGGAAACACUUAUACUGGGUUUUGAAUACAACCAAAUGGUUUUUGAAAACUCAUUGCCAUCAAAUUUACAACUACUUCAAAUUAGAAAUAAAAAUUACGAUCAAUUUCCUAUACGACUAAAUAACCCAUUAACAGCUGUAGAAUGCCUAAACUAUCAUAAGCAAUUCAUAGACUCUCCACUCAGGCUAAAAGCAAUACAACUAUUA